AGUACACCCUCCUGUCGUAGUUUUGUCCUUUCCCUCAUUCACAACAAAAACCAAUUAAAAAAAGCGAUUUACACUACAUAAAUAAUCAGGACAUGUAAGUGCAAUUGGGAGAACCCUGAUUGUUGUGCUUCAAAACUACACAGAAUAAUUACCACUGAAAAACCUAUUUGUUUUAUGCGGCUAAUUAAAUAAAGUGAAUCAUUACUUGACUACUAAUUAACGUCGAGUUCAUUAGUUUAUUUGCAUUUUGAUAACGUCCAAAAUUUGGAGGUGCAAACCUGUGAUUGCCGGCGUUGUUUCAAAACUGAAAAAUAGUGUUGUGGUUAUGUUAUUAUAAAUCUUUAUUAUGUUAAGUUUUGCUGUAGUUUUAAGCAUUUUUUAUUAAAAUUGAUGAUAAAUGUGUCAAAGUCCAGCAAACUUUAGACUGAGCUGGCAGAAAAGUGAAACAAUCACGGAUUUAUUGCACUUGUUGAGGCCCCAUGGGGGUUGAAACAAAUGCAGUCCGAGAAGGACUGCGGCAACUAUGGGUAACUGCUUCACCAGUUGUAUACCCCGAUCUGAUGCUUCCAAAACACUGCGGGGCCUUAAUUUACUCAACAAUCAAAACAGCGAUGUGGAGUUCACUUUUCUCGUGGAGGAUAAUAAUUCAACUUGCGGGGAUAAAAAAAGGAGUUUUUUAUCUAGAUUUUUUAAGCAAAGGAAAGAUUGCAAUAAGAAACCAGUGUUGGAGUUGGUUGAUGGUCUUUUAAAUCCUCAACUAACUGCUUACAGUAGACUUAAUGAAUCACAGCGCCUUCCCUCCACAGGAUCUUGUACAAGUCGCGACAUUCAGCUGCAAUGUCUCGAUGCGCGCGCUCUCUUGGCAAGAACCGCAACUUCGACUCCGGCCAGCUCAUUGGACCUGGAAUGGGAACACGAAACCCUUCCAGUAUCCAUGAUACACGACCCAUCCGGAAGCUCAUGGACGGCCCUUCCGGAAGACUACUCGCAACCUGCGAGCAUUUCAAGCCCGCAAAACACGGCGGCCGUGCAUAACAACAACAGCGACUCCGAUUGGUCGCGCGUUUCCUCGGCCAACUCGCUGGAGUGGGACAACGUGCAAAACUCCAUGCACGCCGAAGCGGAAGUGGAUACGGACACGCAAUUUUUGCUGAGCGAGAUCGAGCGGCUCACCAAUCAGACGCUGUUGGAAACAGGGCAGGACUUGUUCAGCUGAUCAUCGGAAAUAUUGCGAAGGUACCCUGAUAUCCCUAUUUUUGGUUUUUCAGGUUAUAUGAGGACACAAUUUGGUGCUUAAACAGAAUAAAUUACGUUAUAUGUGCUCCAUCUCGCAACUACCGUGUCUAAGGUCGCAAGUUUCAACAUGCAACCUUAGACUAUAAAUGGGUAGAUAGAUAUAUUUGCGAGUCCUAUUUUUACAAGUAGUGUAAACGUUAGAAAUCUAUUAUAUUAUGAAUACAAAGUAUACAAAGUGAUUUACCUAACUUACUACGUAAAAUUCUGGAAAUACUAAAAUUUGAUUUUUUUUAUAUUUUUAUCAGUUUUUGACAUAUUUUAUUUUUUUCAAAAAUUUUGAGAUGGAUUAUUAUUCGACACAAAAUAAUGCUCCAGCAUUCCCUAUGCCUAAAAUGAAUAUUUACAGAGAUAUUACAAAAAAUACAAAAAAAAAUCAAAUUUUAGUAUUUCUAGAAUUUUACGUAGAAUUUAAAAAAACUUUCUGUUCUCCGUAAACUUCUUAUGAAUAAGUUAGGUGAAUCACCCUGUAUAUUGUGAGUAAAAUUAGUAAAAAUCCACCAAUUUUGAAAAUAAAAAAAAUUAACAACGAAUUAAAAUAAAACUUCCUUACAAUUUUUAAUGGUGCAUAUAAAAAUUUGGUGGAAAAGCAUUUUAUUAAUUGACUAAGAACUAAAAUAAGACUGUAAUUUAUCAGAAAUGGAAAAUACCUGGUUGUCUUAUUUUGUACAAAAUACGUUUUUAACUAACUUAACUAUAUUGGUUAUUUUUAUAUACUGCACUUCUAAUAUCAAAAUUGAACAAAAUAAUUAAAAUAUUCCCUAUACUAGUCCCUGUAUAAAUAUUUUUACAUUUUUUUCUUAAUUUAUUAUUUAAUUUUUCCUAAAAAAUGAAAAUGUUUAAUUUCUAUUUAUACUUUACUCAUUUGUCAUUUUUGACAACUGUAAUUUUUGACAUUUGUCACAAGGUUUUUUUAAAUAGCUUCUUUAUUUUUAUCAAAUUAUAUAAUUUCAAUCUAUACUUCACUCUAAGUCAUUUUUGACAACUGCAUUUUUUGACAUUAGUGACAUUUUUAUGAAUUUUUGUAUUAUUUUCAGGACUUUCCAUGGUUUUGAUACGUUUUUUUUUAAUUUUGUUUUAUUUUUUUAUUUUUGUUUACUUUCUUGCCUUUUAACAUCUCCUUUAUCAUGUCAACAAUUUUUUUAUAUAGUUUUUUUUAUCUUUAUCAAAUUUUUGCUAAAAAGUGGAAUUAUAGAAUUUCAAUCUUCACUUCACUGUAAGUCAUUUUUGACAACUAGUUUUUGACAUCUGUCACAAUAAUUUUAAUGAUUUUUUAAAGGAUUAUUUGUUUAAUUUUGAUUUUAUAAAUUUUUGUUUGAUUUUUAGGAUUCCUUAUGUAAAUAAUUAUUCACACAACAUUUUGACACGGUUAUUUUGUCAUUUUUACGUUUCUUAAUUUUUUAUUCUUACAAUCUUUUUCGCAUUUUCUUAUUUUAUUAUCGAAUUUUCGCUAAAAAAUUAAUAUGUUAAAUUUCUGUCUAUCUUUACUUUGUCAUUUUGACAACUGAAAUUUUU